ACAAAUUAAGAUAUCAUACAUGAUACAACACGGCAUUUAAACCAACAGACCGCACCUUUUUCCCACUCUUCAUACAAAUCCUGCUCCUAUCUCCCUCUAACUUAUUUCUCUUUAUUGAUUUGACGAGGAGGACAGCUUUUAUUAGGGCAAGUACGUACGCAUAGAAAGAGGCAAACAAGUUUAUUCGUCAUGGAUUCAUACAAUACAACAUGGAAUCAAAAAGAGAAGGUAGUGAUCAUAAUGGGUCAAACCGGAACCGGAAAAUCAAGACUUUCGAUCGAUCUUGCAAUUCGUUUCUCAGGUGAGAUCAUAAACUGCGACAAGAUACAAGUCUAUGAAGGGCUAGACAUUAUUACAAACAAGGUAUCUCAUGAAGAGCAAAGUGGUAUUCCUCAUCAUCUAUUAGGAGUAAUAAACCCAAAUGAAGAAUUCACUUCAUCCGAUUUUCGACGUGUAGCUAUGCACGCAAUCGAAUCCAUUUUAGCUCGUAAACGUCUUCCAAUCAUCGUUGGCGGCUCUAAUUCGUUCAUCGAAGCAUUGGUAGAUGAUGAUGAACUUGAGUUCCGGUCGAAUUAUGAUUGCUGUUUCAUUUGGGUUGAUGUAUCGUUGCCAUUACUUCACUCUUUUGUAUCAAAAAGAGUUGAUCAAAUGGUAAAUUUUGGAUUAGUAACUGAGGUCCGGGAAUUUUUUGAACCAAGUGGAGACUAUACUCGAGGAAUAAGACGUGCCAUUGGUGUACCUGAGAUGCAUCGGUACCUUCAACUUGAAUCGUCUGUGGACGAAGAAACUCGCGAGAAAUUACUUGAAGUAGCAAUCGACCAAAUCAAGAUUAAUACAUGUACUUUAACGAUGCGUCAAUUGCAGAAGAUUUAUCGGCUUCGUUCCCUACCUGGAUGGAACAUACAUCGCGUCGAUGCCAGCCAAGUGUUCUUAUUAUUGGAUGGUAGAGAUGUCGAUGAUGCAUGGGAUAAGAUAGUUGUUGCUCCAAGUACCUUGAGGGUCGCUAAGUUUCUUUACGGUACUGAUGAUGAUCAAGAUCAAACGGCUGACAUUGUCGUCCCUACUACUGAUUCCUUCUUGAAAAAUGCAAUCAUGGGAAUGGUUGUUGCUGCUACGCAGUAAAAAGUAUAUCAAAGGGUCCCACAAACACAGCACACUACCCUGUCCUACUGGUGUUUUGACACGUGGAAAAGGGUUUGUCGUUGAUUUUAUCUUUUCUUCUUUUUUGGUUAUCUGAGAAUUUAUUACAACGCACGUAUAAUUGCGGCCGUAAUUAAAGCUGAGUCUGCCAAUAAUCGCACUCAGAUUUUCCGUACUUAUAAUUGGGUCCCACGUUGCUGCACGUGUAUUAUUUUGCUACUGCACGUAGGUUAGUUAAAGUAUAGAUCAUUUUCUCCGCAUUUUCUACUUUAGGAAAGAAAGAUUCACUCGAUUAAAAAUGUGUGAUUUGUUUUUGAUAUGCUACUUUAAGGAAUAAUUUAUUAAAUUACU